AUGAUCACUAAUGAGAUUGUGUUAGCAAAUCUUGUGCACAAGUUUGACUGGACAUUGCCUGGUGGAGCCAGAGCUGAGGAUAUAAGCAUGACAGAAUGUACUGGCCUUGUCAUCCACAGAAAAGCUCCUCUUGUAGCUAUGGCAGCGCCAAGGCCUUUCUGCAGUGUCACCUCAAGUUUCAUAACAGAAGCCCAAAGGAAGCAUAAGACCAUGAAAUUCUGA